AUGUCGUCUUCAUAUUCCCAAUCCUUCGGCAAUGUCGCUGCUGACCGGCAACGCACCACCGGAGCCUCAACAUCCAUCGAAGAAUUCCACUCAGUCCUCAAAUCAUCGCGGCGCAUCCUCGCGCUAUGCGGAGCUGGUCUAUCCGCCGCAUCUGGCCUUGGUACCUUCCGCGGUGCGGGAGGAAUGUGGCACAACUACCAGGCGACUGCGCUGGCAACGCCUGAGGCCUUUGAGCAUGAUCCUGGACUGGUAUGGUUGUUUUAUGCCUAUCGCAGGUCGAAGGCGUUGCAGGCGAAGCCGAACGCGGGUCAUUUUGCACUGGCGAAGUGUGCGGAAGUGAUGAAUGGAAAUGCCGAUAAGGGAGAGUUUUUGUGUUUGACCCAGAAUGUUGAUGGUCUCCAUCAACGUGCCAACCACCCCGACUCCCAACUGAAGCUUCUCCAUAGCAGCAUCUUCGACCUAAAAUGCCACAGUUGCGACUACAUUGACAAGAACAACUUCUCCGACCCGGUCCACCCCUCCCUCGUCAUAGAAGGCGACGGGCCCCCACCACAACUCUCCAAAAAAGCUUCCAACACCGUCUCCGCUCAAGCCGCCUACCUUGACCCUAACACAGAGCUCACAAUCCCCUUGGACCAACUCCCCCAUUGCCCAAAUUGCAAAGAUGGCCUACUCCGCCCAGGCGUCGUCUGGUUUGGCGAAGCUCUUCCCUACAACACAAUCUCCGAAACAUACGACUGGAUCGACGCCGAAAAAAAAAUUGAUCUUUGUCUCGUUAUAGGCACAACUGCCACCGUGUACCCCGCUGCUGGCUAUGUGGAUACUGCGAGGGAGAAGGGUGCGAGGAUCGUAGUGAUUAACAUGGACGUGAAUGAGCUUGGAGCGGCGGGAAGUCUGAGGAAGGGGGAUUUCCUAUUCGAGGGAGAUAGUGCGAGGAUUUUGCCGGAGAUUUUGAGGCCCGUGGUGGGAGAUUUAGGGAGUUUGGGCUUAGAAGCCGAGGCAGGGGUUAAAAGUAAGAAAGUGGAAGAUACUAAAAACGUGGCGGGAGAAGAAGAGGAUGAGGUUAUUAAGUACUUUGAAGCUUCUCCUUAA